AAAAAGUUGAGAAACGGCAUAUCUGUACUGCGGGAAAAUUAGCCAGUCUCAAUAUUGUUGACAUCAAGUGCUCUUUCACUCCCAGGAUCAAGAAAAGCGUAUCUUACUGGCCAGUAUUGGAGAUUGGGAACCAGUUAUGUUGUCGUCCCAGGACGGAAAAAACUAUCAUUUCACUACCUCUGCAGAAAACAUACAAGAUGUUCUUGUCGACCAGCCUGUUGGGCAGUGGACGCGUCCUCCAAAAGCUAAAAGUGCAAUAGGGGAAUGGGUAGUCACAGAUGGAAAUGUCUUGCUCCACCAUUUCAUCACGACCAGCCCCUUCUAUAAAUCCAUCUCAAGUCAUAAAUAUACAGAACUUUCAAAGCAAAUGUGAAAAUAUCAACAAAGACUGUCUGAUUUUCCCACAGUACAGAUAUGCGGUUUCUCAACUUUUUGCAGGGGCAAUUUUGAUGGGACGGUCCUCCGCUAUUCUUCUAAACUGCGUCGAGCUGUAUGGUCGUUUAAAGAGCACCGAUUCACACUUUAAACGAAGACUCGCAACAUCAAUUCAUCUUUCAUCUUAUCCAGAAAAGGAAACCAAGUAUGGCUGGAUCACUAUAAUUCAAGCGCUGGAAGAUCAUUCUACCAAGUUGAAAAUUGGAACUACAACAUUCAAUUUACUACAGAAACUUAACGGAAACUUAACGACACCGGUUUUAUCGUCCAAAUCCAUUUGUCUUAUAAGUUCUUCAAGUCGGUUCCUGGUUGGAGUUAAGAAUGGUUGAUACGCAGUCUGCUGCUAAGAAAGAAUAUGUCGACGAAAUCCUUCACAAGUGUUAAAAUCGAUAUGCCUGUGCAAAUCUUGAUCUGCAAUAAUCUUAGACAGGAACACGUCAAAAUAGGUGGAUUGCAGCUCUAAUUCACCAAUUUUUGACGUAUCUUAGAUAGGAGGGCGUGGCAAUUUCGUUAACCUAGAUUAAUAGAAGAGGAUAUGAUUUAGCAAGACACUAAUUUAUCGAAGAAAAAGAAUUGGUUUACAAAACCAGAAAGGUUGGCUCAUCAUUAAAACUCAGGAGAGUUGUGCAAUAUAAAAGGAUCAAUUAUUUCAUAGCAGCAGAGUUCUUCUAGUAUAUUUUUACUUCGA